AUGACACUGGCUAAGCAUUGCUACCAUUACCUCAAAGAUAAAGUAGUGAUAUGCAGUUUUAUAGGCCCAUCAUUCCAUCAAGCUAUAAUUUCGCAUGCUCUUUGGUGCCAUCAAAGUCUCUUCUUACAGCUGUCAAUGGCGAAUCCUAUUGAAGAAUUGGAAGACGAAGAUCAACAUUUGAAUUUGGGAUACCGUUUCCAUGGUUUUGGAAAUCAGCUACCUGCAAGUCGUCUCUUUAUCGGCGGAUCUUCAGAGCAAUAUUUUUAUCGGUGCCAUGGCGGAUCUCAUUCCUCAAGUACUUGUAUGGAUACCUUGGACGUUCUCUUACAAGUGAAUAUUCUCGUAUGUGCUAUUUCAUCAAGACCGGAUUUAUUUGUUGCAGUGCAUGAUGUGUCUCUCAUGACGCCUACCCAAGAAGGUCGCUUGAUGGCAGCUACUACUGAUAUGGCGGAUGUUUAUUUGCUAUGGGUAGAACGGGAUGGUGCCUUACCCUUUGGUGUAAAGCAUCGUUGGCAGCUAUGA